AGGUUUGCUUGGAGAGAAGGAAAAUUCAAGGGUUCUACUCAACACCCCUUUCUUCACCAAUUCGUGCAUAUCAAUCUUAUUCCGUCAAUUCUCAUCAAGAUUUCGAGUUCUUGAUCCAUUAACCAUCCACUCAUGGGUUCGGAACCAAACAAUACCGCUAGCGGCAGUGAAAACCCCAAGGAGGAGACCACUUCGAAGGCCCCUAAAGAUCCAAAGACGAAAGAUGACAAGAAAGACGAAGAUCUCUCAGAGGAGGAUUUGGCAUUGAAACAGCAAUUGGAGCUGUAUGUUGAAAGAGCUCAGGAUGCUGAUCUAGGGUUGCAGAAGGUUGCUCUUGAGAGCAUGAGGCAAGAAAUUAGGACUUCAACAAGUUCUAUGACUUCAGUCCCAAAGCCACUGAAGUUUUUGCGUCCGCAUUAUGGAACUUUGAAAUCGUAUUAUGAGACGAUGCCAGAUUCAGAGUUAAAGAAAUUGCUUGCGGAUAUACUAUCGGUUUUGGCUUUGACAAUGUCUGCAGAGGGUGAUAGGGAGAGUUUGAAGUAUCGAUUGUUGGGUUCUGAAGGUGAUAUUGGUUCGUGGGGUCAUGAGUAUGUCAGAAAUCUGGCUGGUGAAAUUUCACAAGAGUAUUCGAAAAGAGUGAAUGAGGAAGCAAACGUAGAUGAUCUAAUAGAGCUUGUGGAACAAAUUGUUGCUAUUCACAUGAAGCAUAAUGCGGAACCCGAGGCUGUAGAUCUCCUGAUGGAGGUUGAAUUUCUUGAUCGACUGGUGAAGCAUACUGACAAAGCAAAUUACAAAAGAACUUCUCUGUACCUAAAAAGUUCAGCGAGAUACCUUCCUGGACCGGAUGACAUGUCAGUUCUGGAUAUUGCGUACACCAUCUACAGCAAGUUUGAAGAAUAUCCAAGUGCACUUCAGAUUGCACUCUAUCUCGACAACAUGCAGCAUGUGAAGAAGGUUUUCACUUCUUGUCCGGAUCUAUUGCGAAAGAAGCAAUUUUGCUACAUUCUUGCUCGACAAGGUAUAAGUUUUGAGGUUGAUGAAGAAAUGUGUGCUGAUGAUGAAGACAGAGAGGCCUUGCAAGAAAUUAUCAACAAUACUAAAUUAAGUGAAGGCUAUCUUACCCUUGCCCGAGAUAUUGAAGUCAUGGAGCCUAAAUCUCCUGAAGAUAUUUAUAAGGCGCAUUUACUUGAUGGUCGGGCAAGUGCUGGUGCUAGUGUUGAUUCGGCCAGGCAAAACCUGGCAGCAACGUUUGUAAAUGCGUUCGUGAAUGCCGGUUUUGGCCAGGAUAAAUUAAUGACGGUUUCAUCAGACUCUUCUGGCGGAGGUUCAUUGGGAAACUGGCUGUUUAAAAACAAAGAACACGGCAAAACCAGUGCUGCUGCAAGUUUGGGAAUGAUCAAUCUUUGGGAUGUUGACACCGGGCUUGCUCAACUCGACAAGUAUUUCCAUAGCAAUGAUAAUCAUGUCACAGCUGGUGCAUUAUUAGGAGUAGGUAUUGUAAACUGCGGUAUCAAGAACGACUGUGAUCCCGCGUUAGCACUUCUUGCUGAUUAUCUGGAUAAAGAAGAUUCUUAUACUAGAAUUGGUGCCAUCACUGGCCUCGGUUUUGCAUACGCGGGCACACAGAAUGAACAGAUUCGAGACAAACUCACUCCCAUUCUUGGAGACCCGAAAGCAUCGCUAGAUGUCAUUGCUUUCACAGCAAUUGCACUAGGUUUAGUGUAUGUUGGUUCUUGUAACGAGGAGGUUGCUCAAGCCAUAAUCUUUGCACUUAUGGACAGAAGUGAGUCGGACUUAGGGGAACCACUCACCCGACUGUUACCUCUCGGUUUAGGUCUUCUUUACCUUGGGAAGCAGGAUAGUGUGGAAGCUACUGCCGAGGUGUCAAAGACGUUCAAUGAAAAGAUCAGAAAGUAUUGUGAUAUGACCUUGCUAUCUUGUGCGUAUGCUGGAACUGGCAACGUUUUGAAGGUUCAACAUUUUCUCGGUCAAUGUGCCCAGCACCUUGAGAAGGGUGAAACAUUUCAGGGUCCAGCCGUGUUGGGUAUAGCCAUGGUAGCAAUGGCUGAGGAACUAGGUCUCGAUAUGGCAAUCCGUUCGUUAGAGCAUCUUUUACAGUACGGGGAACAAAAUAUCAGAAAGGCAGUUCCGUUGGCUCUUGGUCUACUCUGCAUAUCAAAUCCGAAGGUACAUGUUAUGGAUACACUGAGUCGACUCAGUCAUGAUGCCGAUACAGAAGUUGCUAUGGCAGCAGUUAUCUCGUUGGGGUUAAUAGGUGCAGGAACUAAUAACGCUAGAAUCGCCGGCAUGCUUAGAAAUCUUUCAAGUUAUUAUUACAAAGAAGCCAAUCUUCUCUUCUGUGUGCGCAUUGCUCAAGGUUUUGUACAUAUGGGGAAGGGUCUGUUGACUCUUUCUCCUUACCACUCGGAGCGAUUCUUACUAUCCCCGACUGCGCUGGCUGGACUUGUAGUAUUACUGCAUGCGUGUCUUGAUAUGAAAGCUAUAAUCUUGGGAAAAUACCACUAUGUUCUCUACUUUGUAGUUCUGGCCAUGCAGCCUAGAAUGUUGCUGACUGUGGAUGAAAAUCUGAAACCUCUGGCGGUACCAGUGCGGGUGGGUCAAGCUGUGGAUGUUGUGGGCCAGGCGGGCCGGCCCAAGACCAUCACUGGUUUCCAGACCCAUUCCACUCCUGUCCUCUUGGCUGCUGGGGAUAGGGCUGAACUUGCAACAGAGAAGUAUAUUCCCCUCUCUCCUAUUCUUGAAGGAUUUGUUAUUUUGAAAGAGAACCCAGAUUACAGGGAAGAGGCGUAGACACAUUGAUCAAUAUAUGGUUGAGAAGACAGGGUUUGGCGGAUAUCUGAAGUAACAUGCUGCAAUUGGACCCGAGUGUGACGAUGACGAAGUACUAUGACCCGGGCUUAAGUUUUGAAGGUCUUUUUUCUGACAUGUCGGAUGCUUUUGGUUUAUGUUCGGAUUAUGUUUAAUGAUGUUAAAAUAGGUUCGCGCUUUGUUCAUGAAGUAAUGACGGUUAUGCCAUGUGACAUGUCAUGAGCUUGUAGACAACCCAAAUUUCAACAAAGUGGAUGAUGUUAAAAUGGGUUCGCGCUUUGAUAUUAACUCGUGCUACUCUAGAUUUCAUUGUGGACAGUCGAUGAUUCUUGAUCUGUCAUCUUUAUAGACGAGCAAGUCAUACUUCACGCCCAUAGAGUUAUCGUCAUGCAUGGAUUUGUGUUCCCAUUCCAUAGAGAAUGAUACAAGUUGAUAAAA